CGGCGAGUACUUGGAAAAAAGUAUCGGUACUUGUACUCGGUCUUAAAAAAGUGGUAUCGGGACAACCCUACUACUAACCUUGGUUGCCUUGCCCCCAAAGAACUGACAGCUCUUCAAUCUUUAACACAAAACCAGUUAAUUAUUAAAACUGCCGAUAAAGGCGGUGGAAUCGUUAUCCAAAAUAGACUUGAUUAUGUUAAGGAAGCAGAUCGCUUGCUUAUGGAUAGCUCUACCUAACGCAAACUAAAGCGCUAAUCCAUUACCAGAAUUCCAAACGGAACCCAAUAAACUCAUUGACACCGCCAUUCAACAAAACAUCAUUAAAAGUGAAGCUUCUUUCCUACGUAGAAACUACUAUCAUGCCCCGUACUUCUACCAUAUCCCAAAAAUUCACAAAAACCAGACAAACCCUCCAGGGAGACCUAUCAUUGCAGUCAUGGACAGUAUUACCUCUUGAUUGUCCAAAUAUAUAAAUCACCAUCUGCAACCGUUGGCUCAAGGUUUACAGUUGUAUAUUCGCAAUGGAACCCACUUGUUGGACCUAUUGAAACCAUACAGGUGGGAAGACUAAUAUACCUAAAUGUCAACUCCUUAUAUACCUCGAUUCCCCACACUUUUGGUCUAACAGCACUUGAUCACUUUCUCUCCGAAGAUCCAUAUAUGAGCCAUGGACAAGCUACUUUCAUCCUGGACUGUGCAAGGUACUGUUUAACACACAACUACUUCAGUUUUGAUGACCAGUACUAUUUGCAAGUCCAGGGAACAGCUAUGGGCGCCAAAUUCGCACCCUCCUACGCCAACUUGGCCAUGGGUCUAUGGGAAAAUAGACAUAUUUGUCAAAACAAUCCCUACCUCAAACACCUCAUUUUUUAUGAAAGAUUCAUCAAUGACAUCAUAAUCAUCUGGGAUGGGGCGGGUGAUGUCAUCGAUGAUUUAGUCUCCCAUUGUAACAACAACCCAUAUGGCCUUAGUUUUACUUCUGUUACGGAUCGAGAUAAACUAGCAUUUUUAGAUCUUGACCUAUAUCAUAUAAACAAUGAAAUACAUGCAAAAAAUUACUUCAAGCCUACUACAGGGAAUUCUUUGCUCCAUUAUAAGGGCUGUCAUUAUCGAAAAUGGAAAGACAAUAUCCCCAAAGGACAAUUUUGUCGACUACGAGAAAACUGCACCAAAACAUCAGAUUACCAAAGCCGCCUACUAAGAAACAAACUUAAGGAUAAAGGCUAUCCUGAAUCUUUGGUAGACCAGGCCCAUAAACGUUAUUUACAACACACCAAUCAGGCUGCUUUAUCACUAGAUUUCACACUGACUUUUCUAAAAUGGAGGCAAUCUUCAAGAAACACUGGCCAAUAUUGCUUGAAGACCCACACCUUAGACCUCUGCUACCUGACCACCUUAGAAUUACUGAUAGAAAAGCCCUGAAUAUAAAAAAAAAAUGUGCCUAGCAAAUUAAUGCCACUAAAGGGGACCACAUUGGCACAUGCCUGCUUGAUUCCUUCAAGGGGCAUGUUCCAGUGUAGAAAACCACUGUGUAAGACUUGUUCUUUUGUCAAACAUGGCAAGAAGCAAUUCACAACAAAAGGAAAACCUAUAUCCUAUGGGACUUCUAUAAUUGUAGUUCUGACUUUGUAGUUUAUGGCCUUAUUUGUCCUACAUACUAAUGUAUGUAGGACACUUUUUAAAAUUUCGACGAGGGAACGACGGCCAUACUUAACAUUGACUGCGCCUCAUAUAGCAGGGGCAA